AUGAUACUACUUAAGAACUUUCCUCCAAUAAAAGUCGAAGUCGUGAAUGCCAUAAAGCUACUGAAAUGCGAGAAAGAGGCAGGACCGUACGGAAUCCCGCCAGAAGCACUGAGAACAGACGCAGAGACAACAGAGGACAUGCUCAUACCACCACUGCAGAAGGUUUGGAAGGAAGGAAAGAAGGGAAGGUACUUGCAGAUUGGAAGAAGGGCUACCUGGUCAAACUCCAAAGAAGGCAGACCUCAGUGUUACCAAGAAUUGGCGCGGAAUCAUGCUGCUGUCCACCCAAUGCAAGCAAAAUAUUAA